GUAGUGCAAGAUUCUUCUUUGGCUCCUGCUUUGAGAAAGACGCAGAGAGAGAGGAGGAGGUGAUCCCGCAGCUUGGCUGUCUAUGGGUUAAUACAGGGUUCCUAGAGGGGAAGGGAAUUUGGGAAGGAGGAGGAGGAGAGCCAAAGCCCCUCCCUGCAAAGUCUCUUCCUGCCUGCCCUCUCACUUGGGGGCCGAAAGCGGCGCAUUUGUGGAUACUUAUGAAAUCUGCACCUCUAAUUGGGACUGUCUUAACCUUGAGACAGAAACUGGCAGAAGACGGUCUUGCUGCAGCCCUGUUGGAGGCUUCCCCGGAGCACAGAUCAAAGAUGGAAGAGGAGGAGUCAGCUGGCUCCAAAGCAGACCAAGGUCCCCAUAAUACCCAUGCUGGCAGCAGUGAGGAAUUCUGGGAAAGAUCCAUUCAGAAGGUCCUGGGUAAGGAGGACACCCUCAGCUCUGAUGUACAGUGCCAACAGUUCAGGUAUUUCCGCUAUCGGGAGUCCAAGGGGCCCCGAGAGGUUUGCAGCCUAUUGCACCAUCUUUGCCAUCGGUGGCUGAAGCCAGAAAGGCGCACAAAGGCUCAGAUGCUGGACCUGGUGAUCCUGGAGCAGUUCUUGGCUGUCCUUCCACAGGAGAUGGAGAACUGGGUGAGGGAAUGUGGAGCGGAGACCACUUCCCAGGCAGUGGCCCUGGCAGAAGGCUUCCUCCUGAGCUGGGCAGAGGACAAGAAGCAGGCAGAGCAGCAGGGAGAGGAUCUGUCUGCAGAAAUGGGCACCGAUUUCCUUGAGGCAGAGAGGACUCCACUGGAUGCCGCAAAGAAGCCACCAGGGGAUGAAAUCAUGCCGGCAAGGCCUCCUCAGCCAUCUCUUCUUUGUGGUGUAGGAGAAGAAGCUGCUGUGGCUCCGGAUCAGGGUUCAAUUUUCUUUGAGGAAGUGGCUGUGUAUUUCACGGAGGAGGAAUGGGCGCUGCUGGAUCCUGACCAGAGAAUGCUGCAUAGAGACGUCAUGGAGGAGAAUUGUGGGAUUGUGGCCUCUUUUGAAGGUGCUCAAAUGGAAACCAAGAAUGAGGGAGACCAGGACAAAAUCCACACAGUCGAGAAGCCAUAUAAAUAUUUAGAGUGUGGAGAGAGCCUCAGUCAGAGCUCCACUCUCACUUCCCAUGAAAGAAUUCACAGCGCGGAGAAACCGUAUCAAUGUUUGGAACGUGGAAAGAGCUUCAAUGAGAAGGAAAUUCUCACUUCCCAUCAAAGAAUUCAUACAGGGGAGAAGCCGUACAAAUGUUUGGAAUGUGGAAACAGCUUUAAAACAAACUCAGCCUUCCGUAAUCAUCAAAGAAUUCAUACAGGGGAGAAACCACACAAGUGUUCAGAAUGUGGAAAGAGUUUCGUUCAGAGCUCCCAGCUCACUAACCAUCGAAGAAUUCACAGCGGGGAGAAACCAUAUCAGUGCUUGGAAUGUGGAAAGAGUUUCAGUCAGAAGGGAAGUCUCACUGCCCAUCAAAGAAUUCAUACAGGAGAGAAACCAUAUCACUGUUUGGAAUGUGGAAAGAGCUUUAGUAGAUGGCCAAACUUCCGGCAUCAUCAAUUAAUUCACAGUGGGGAAAAACCAUAUAAAUGCUUGGAAUGUGGAAAGAGCUUCAGUCAGAAGGGAAGUCUCACUGCUCAUCAAAGAAUUCAUACAGGAGAGAAACCGUAUCACUGUAUGGAAUGUGGAAAGAGCUUUAAUAGUGGGCCAAACCUCUGGCAUCAUCAAAAAAUUCACAGUGGGGAGAAACCAUAUCAGUGCUUGGAAUGUGGAAAGAGGUUCCAUCUGAACAAGUACCUUACUCAUCAUCAAAAGAUUCAUACAGGGGAAAAGCCAUAUCAAUGCUUAGAAUGUGGAAAGAGCUUCAAUCGGACCUCCGCUCUCACUAAACAUCAAAGAAUUCACAGUGGGCAGAAACCCUAUCAAUGCUUGGAAUGUGGAAAGAGCUUUAACUGGAGCUCUGCUCUCACUUUGCAUCAAAGAAUUCACAGUGGGGAGAAACCAUAUCGGUGCUUGGAAUGUGGAAAGAGCUUCAAUCAGAGGUCCAACCUCACUUCCCAUGAAAAAAAUCACAGUGGGGAGAAACCAUACCAGUGCUUGGAAUGUGGAAAGAGCUUCAAUCAGAGGUCCAACCUCACUUCCCAUGAAAAAAAUCACAGUGGGGAGAAACCACACCAAUGCUUGGAAUGUGGAAAGAGCUUCAGUCAGAGAUCCCACCUUACUAACCAUCAAAGAAUUCAUAGUGGGGAGAAACCAUAUCAGUGCUUGGAAUGUGGAAAGAGCUUUAGUCAGAGCUCUGCUCUCACUUCCCAUGAAAGAAUUCACAGUGGAGAGAAACCAUAUCAGUGCUUGGAAUGUGGAAAGAGCUUCAGAUGGAAAAAAAACUACUGUCGUCAUCAAAGAAUUCACAGUGGGGAAAAGCCAUAUCAAUGCUUGGAAUGUGGAAAGAGCUUCAGCCAGAGCUCCAAUCUGAUUUCUCAUCAAAGAAUUCACAGUGGGAUGAAACCAUAUCAAUGCUUGGAAUGUGGACACAGCUUUACCUGUAAGGCCAGUCUCACCUACCAUCAAAGAAUUCAUACAGGGGAGAAACCAUAUCAGUGCUUGAAAUGUGGAAAGAGCUUCAGCUGGAAGGAAAGUCUCACUUCCCAUCGAAGAAUUCAUACAGGGGAGAAACCAUAUCAAUGUUUGGAUUGUGGAAAAAGCUUUAAUACAAGCACAGACUACUGUCGUCAUCAAAGAAUUCACAGUGGGGAGAAGCCAUAUCAAUGCUUGGAAUGUGGAAAGAGCUUCAGUCAGAGCUCCAAUCUCACUUCACAUCAAAGAAUUCACAGUGGGAUGAAACCAUAUCAAUGCUUGGAAUGUGGAAACAGUUUCACCUGCAAGGCCAGUCUCGUUUACCAUCAAAGAAUUCAUACAGGGGAGAAACCAUACCAAUGCUUAGAAUGUGGAAACAGCUUCAUCUCCAAGAGAAGUCUCACUUCCCAUCAAAGAAUUCACACAGGGGAGAAACUAUAUCAAUGCUUGGAAUGUGGAAAGAGCUAUAGUUGGAAGGACAGUCUCACUUCCCAUCAAAGAAUUCAUACAGGGGAGAAACUAUAUCAAUGCUUGGAAUGUGGAAAGACGUUCCAUAGAAGCACACACUUCCGCCGUCAUCAAAAAAUUCACAGUGGGGAGAAAACAUAUAAAUGCUUGGAGUGUGGAAACAGCUUUAAUAAAAGCACAAACUUUCACCAUCAUCAAAGUAUUCUCAGUGGGGGAAAACCUCAUCAGUGCCAGGAGUGUGGAAAGAGCUUUGCUCCAAUCAAUGAAUUCCCAGUGGGAAGAAACCAUAUUGGUACUUAGAAUGUGGGAAAGAGCUUCUCAUUUCCCGUCAAAGAAUUCACGUAGGAGGGAAACCAUAAGAGUAGUGGCAGCUGGUUGUCACUGGACCUCACAGGACUGCUAGGAGAUAACAGAGGCAUACCUAAUGAGGUCACAGCUACGUAGCCCAGUAGUUCUGGUUCUUUCCCCCACUGUUCUCCUUUGCAAUGUGGACACUUCAGCACUGCAGUUGUACAAAUACGUAGCAACUAAUUAAACUGAAAAGUGUCUCACUUUGUUUCUGAAGGUGUCCCUGCCCUGUAAAGCUUGGGACCAGGAUACCUAAAAGGUUAUCUCACGGAUUAAUAUACCCAAUCGAUCAUUGUACUCUUAUUAGAGAUCCAUUUCACAUGAUAUAGGAAUCAAGCGUUUAGUGUGAGGUGCACCGACCCUUUGGAAUUCCUCCCAUUCAAUAUUACACAGGUGCCAUCAGUAUUGUCUUCUCAGGGCUGAUUGAAGACCUACCUCUUUCAGCAUGUCUUUUAAGCAGAGAUUAUCCCAGUCUGCAUCUCUAUUGGAAGCAGAAUUUUUAGAUGUUUUAAUUCCUUUAUCACUUAUUUGUUUGCUUGACUCCUUAAAAAUACAUACAAACUAUCAGUGGCUAGUUGUUGUAACUCUGCAACACUGAGACUUAUUCCAGGUUUCUGAUUUACCGUGACCCCACACACUUUUCCUGCUUUGGUGGAGCUGAAAACUAGGUUUCUACAGGCUUAAGAACAUAAGAACAUAAGAAGAGCCUGCUGGAUCAGGCCAGUGGCCCAUCUAGUCCAGCAUCCUGUUCUCACAGUGGCCAACCAGGUGCCUGGGGGAAGCCCGCAAGCAGGACCCGAGUGCAAGAACACUCUCCCCUCCUGAGGCUUCCGGCAGCUGGUUUUCAGAAGCAUGCUGCCUCUGACUAGGGUGGCAGAGCACAGCCAUCAUGGCUAGUAGCCAUUGAUAGCUCUGUCCUCCAUGAAUUUGUCUAAUCUUUUAAAGCCAUCCAAGCUGGUGGCCAUUACUGCAUCUUGUGGGAGCAAAUUCCAUAGUUUAACUAUGCGUUAAGUAAAGAAGUCUUCCUUUUGUCUGUCCUGAAUCUCCCCACAUUCAGCUUCUUUGAAUGUCCACGAGUUCUAGUAUUAUGAGAGAGGGAGAAGAACUUUUCUCUAUCCACUUUCUCAAUGCCAUGCAUAAUUUUAUACACUCGUAUAUAGAUACUCGUGUACUUUUAAAUUAUUCCUUUGGUAUGGGGAUUAAUGGCAGGACAACAGAAAUGGAUUCCACAAGCUCUUAUAAUCACCCAGAGGCUUCAAGACCGGAAGAAUAAACACCCACUGUCUAUUACGCAGCGGUCUGAGGCCCUCACUGCCUUUGCUACUGUGGCACAUAUUUCAUAUAGGCGUAAAUUUCACAUGGAUACUUAUUUGGAUAUCUGGAAGGCUUAUAUUAGCUUAUAUGUUUAACUUAAGAUGGAUGCACUGAUGGUUAUCGUAAAUUUGCUAAUAAAAUAUUAACAAAAAGAAUUAAAGUCUGGAUAGAGCUCUGUCCAUGGAUGGCCCUAUAUAAAUAAAUAAAUAAUUAGCCCAUAACCUACAGAACACUUUUUACAGUUUAAACCAAGGUUUCCCAAACGUCUGACUUCACCAACCCCUUACUGUGCUUAGUCAUCAACCCCAACCCAAAUUCUUAGGAAUGUAAACGAUAGAAAGUCAAGGAAUAGGAAAUUAUAUUCAACUUUUAUUAAUCAUUCAUCAGGAACCAUAAAACGUAAAAGAAUCAGGAAGUAAAACAAGUGAAAAUAAUGCCGUACUGUUUAUCUUCCCUAGUGAGAUGGUCGGGCCUGAUGGGCUUUAAGAAGAAGAUUAAUAUUGGGCUGUAGGGCUUGGAACCAGUGCAGCACAAAAGAAGCAUCCCAUCAGCACCAGGAUUUCUGCUGGAGCAACAGGAUUUCCCACGCUCUCCUAUCCCUGUGUACCCCCUAAAUGUGUUCUGGGAGUUCCCCCAACCCUCCAGGGGAAAUUUGGGGAAGGUGUGUGGCACACACAGGGGGAAAGGGGAGAAAAGUCCCAUUGCACAAGUGGAAAUCCUGGGGCCAGUGGGAGGUUUAUUUGGGUUUAUAGCAGGGCUGUACAGCAAGGAGAAGUCCUGAAAGUGUGGGUGGGUGGGGAGUACAGCUUUGAAUCCUAGCUCAGAAGCCUUUUUAAAAGCUGCUUCGAGUUUCCCAAAAGGCAGCUUUUUUAUGUCUUUGCACUUUGGGAGGGGGGAAAGAGGGAUGUUAGAAUUAUUUUCUGACGCUGUAAAAAAUAAUUACUUAAAAAUUGAAACUCUGCACCUGUAAAUUUUCUAGCAGUAAUGCAGUAUGGUCUGAAAAUAUUGCUGUGAAAUCAUCUAAUUAAAUACAGAGGUUCUUCACUGGCAAGGGAGGUGUACUCCGUACGUGUCCAUGACUUCUGUUUCAGAGGCUCGUAGUUCCUAAUUGAUUCUUUUGCACUAUACCGCAUAAACCUCUUUUUGAUUCCAAGGCCCUUUUCAACCUCUAGGGCUUUAUUUAUCCCCUGCAUAGUCCCAUUGACCCCAGGGGAUCAAUAUUGACCACGCUGGGAAACCCUGAUUUAAAUGGAUGCUUUAAAUAAUUAAAAGAAAUGUGCAGUACUUAGUUGGUAGCCACUCACUUUUUGUCUGAAGUUCUUCCUUUCCAGACUCAAAGCAAUGGGAUGUAUCCCAUGCUAGGUCUACUUAAAGUAGAACCAUUGAAAUUAAUGAACAUUUGGGACAGAAAGCUUAUAUAAGAGGAAUGUUCAUUUUAAAAAAUCAAAUUAAAAAGAAAGCAAAUCAACAAGAAGUUAUUAACAGAAGAAAUUGUAAGAAAAAGAGCAAAAAAUGGGCAAGUCAUUGAUAUUUUUGAGGCAACAGAAGUUUGAACUAGGUAAUGAACCAUCAACAUUAUUAGCCAGGUUGCUACUUAUGGCAAUAUCUGUUGUUAAAUAAUAGAAUAAAGAAACUAGAAGCUCAAAAGCAAUUUCUAACUUUUAAAGCUUUUGAUGAAAAACUCUGUAAAUCAGAGAAUCCAAAGAUUCAAGAUAUUCGGAGUUUCUUAAGGAAAAUAAGAAUUCCAACAGUAUUCAUGGAAGAUGAGGAAAAAUUACAGACACUUUUUACAUUAAGCAAGAUAAGAACCAUAAUGGGCAGAGCAAUCCUACAUCAAAGAAGCUGGCCUAACUUAAAUUAGGCUAAAGUUACACUGGCUUAAAGUACAUCAGAUCCUAACUCCAUUCAGGUACCCUUGGGAGGGGAGAAUGUCAACUUGUCCAGCUGAGCAGCAAAAACAGAGCGAUUGUGCAUUUUUAUUCAGACAACUCUUUUCCCCGGCUUAAUUUAUGCUGGGACUGGAGGUCACAUAAUUGACCUGAACAGAUGUAGGAUAUGAUAAGUUCCCCUCCCCUCAGUCCUGCCCCCCCACACCCCAGAAACACCCCCUUUGGGAGAUUUAUGCUGGCUUAAUUUAUGCUGGUUUCGGCUGAGCCAGGAGGUGCAGGGUUUUGCCGGCUGAGCUUGGAUGAGGGACUUACAGGACUCAGCUGUCUCAGCCGGAGAUCUGCCAUAUCCUAACUCCUCUCACCCUGGUGUAAAUACCUAUAAAAUUGUGCACUAGGAGAGAAUUAAUAAAGAAUAUUCCCUGGUCCGACAAACCUAUAAAAUAUUUGGGGAUAUGGAUUAUUCAAGAUUUGAUACCAUUGGCUAAUAUUUAUUAUGAUACAUUGCACCAAGAAUUGUAGUCUGAAUCUCAAUAUUGGAAAACAUUACCAAUUUCCUGGAUGGGGUGAAUAUCGAUUGUAAAAAUGAAUAUUUUACCAAGAUGACUAUCUCUAUGUCAUUACGGGUCUUACCGCUUAUUUUUCAAACUUGGCAUAGGUUUAUUUUGGACCCUUUUGGGGGGGAAAACCCUCAAUGUGUUGCAGCAAAUGGUUUAUAUAAAAAAUUGGAACAGGGAAGAAUGGGGGUUCCACAUGUAGAAAAUUAUUAUGCCACAAGAUUAGCAGACAUUUAAAAUUGGUACGAAAUGGGUCUAGUUACACAAGCAGAAAAUCAUAUAUUAAAAACACAAUCAAAGGCGAUGUUACGGUUCCAAGAGGGUGAUUGGAUACAAAUUGCAAUUAAGGUUACAUCUCUUUGUGUUGGAUUGACAAUCUGGUAUAAAUUAAGAGAAAAAAUGUCACGGGUCUCUCACCUCACAUCAUCAUUUUAUACCAAAUUUAUAGCACAGGUAAAUGGGAUGCUUGGAGACCUAUCGUUGUGGAAUCAAGCAAAUCUAGACUGUGUAAAAGAUUUUGCUUCUAAACAUGGAAUUAAAUCAUACAUAGAUAUAACUAGCUUAAUGGGGAGGGUCAAAGACCACAUUUAUAUCAGUAUUUUCAAAAAGGAGAGACAAUAGCAUGCCUAUAAGGAAGCAUACUUGCUUAUAGGAAGUAUCGACCAUUAGAGAAGAAACUAUUUGAAAUUUUGUUAAGAUAAAAAAACAGUAAAGGAUAAAUUGGCAAAAUUUAUAAUUAUAAAAUUUAAAAAUAAAUUUUUGAAUUUAUGAAGAAAUGGGCAAAAUACAUUCAACAAGAAAUAAAGAAUGGGAAUGGAUUUGGUCUAAAAUACCACCUUUGUUGAUAUCAACAGAUCUGAAGGAAAACUUUUAUAUUUGAUAUGACUAAGUACUCAUUACCUAAUGAUCCAAGAGUACUAUUACUAAACUAUUUAGAGGGUAGUCUUAGAGCCUGAUUUGCAAACAAUUUCAAAUUUGUUGAUAGCAGCAAAACUAAUUAUUGCUAAAGCAUGGAAAAAGAACAGUGCCAAUUUUGGAUUCAUUGGACAAAAGUCUGUAACAUUGCAUGAAUCCUGAAAUUGACAUAUCAAGAAGAGAGAAAAAUGGGCAAACAAAUAGAUUUAUUGGUCAUUUUUGAUAAUGUUUUGGAAUAAUAAAA